AUGUUACGGAGUGGGAAAGAGAUUGACGCCCCUAGCCAAAAUCCUCCAGUUUCGGCCAAAGAGACUCAAGUAGAUGAGGAGGUAAAAAGUGAAGCUGAGAAUUCUUCCAAGGUGACCCCUCAAAUAGUGGUGCAUAAUUCAACCAAAUCUGCUCCCAUCCCCUUUCCGAGUAGAUUGUGCAAGUCUAAGAAGGACAAACAAGAGAAGGAGAUCUUGGAGACUUUCCGAAAGGUAGAGGUCAAUAUUCCCCUUCUUGAUGCCAUUAAGCAAGUUCCAAGAUAUGCAAAGUUUCUCAAAGAGCUAUGCACUACGAAUAGAAAGCUAAGAAAUGAUGAGAAAAUCAGUGUGGGGGAGAAUGUGUCAGGGGUAAUUCAACAUUUAGGUGCAUCUGUAAAUUUCAUGCCAUAUUCAAUUUAUACAUCUUUGAAUUGCGGCCCUUUGAAAGAUACAGGAAAUGGUUCUCCAAACCCUGCCCCAAUUCUACUCGGAAGAUUCUUCAUGAAAACAACUAGGACAGUGAUUAACGUUCAUGACGAUACUCUUACCAUGGAGUUCAAUGGAGAAAUUGUCAAAUUUAAUAUAUUCGAGGCCAUGAGGUACCCUAGUGAUAUUCAAUCUGCGUUUUCAAUUGAUGUUAUUGAUGUGUUUGCACAGGAGGUUUUUGAAAUAAGAAAUGAAGAUGAGUUUAAAAUGGUGUUUAGCCAAGGGCUACGGGACAUUGAUACAAAAUUGCAACUGAAUUCAAAUGUUAAGGAGAUGAUCAUGGCAUUGCAAUCACUACCUUCAAUUCCAAAAAGGAAUCAAGAUAAUGAGCUUGUUCCAACGAGGAUUCAGAAUGGAUGGCAUAUGUGUAUAGAUUACCGCAAGCUGAACACAUUGACAAGGAAAGAUCAUUUUCCUUUACCUUUCAUCGAUCAGAUGCUUGAGCGAUUAGUAGUUGAUUAUGUUUUGAAAUGGGUGGAAGCUAAAGCCACCAAAACUGACGAUUCCAAAGUUGUUACAAAUGGACAAGCUAAAGUAUUUAAUAGGGAAGUCAAAUCCAUCUUGGAGAAGACUGUGAAGCCGAACAGAAAAGAUUGGAGCCUGAGACUUGAUGAUGCGUUAUGGACUUACAAGAUAGCAUACAAAACACCCAUUGGGAUGUCCCCCUAUCAAUUGGUUUUUGGUAAGUCAUGUUACCUUCCUGUAGAGUUGGAGCACAAGGCUUAUUGGGCAGUGAAGAGUUGCAACAUGGACUUGGGAAAAGUUUGCGAGCAAAGAAAAUUGCAGUUGCAAGAGUUGGAGGAGAUACGACUUGAAGCGUAUGAGAACUCAAGAAUUUAUAAAGACAAGACCACCAAGGUAUUUCAUGACAAGAUGAUUGUUAGAAAGCACUUUGUGGUUGGACAGAAAGUCUUACUAUAUAAUUCAAGACUUAAAUUAACGCCUGGUAAGUUGCGUUCUCGUUGGAUUGGGCCCUUUGAAGUUACUAAUGUUUUUCCUUAUGGUGCAGUUGAAGUGUGA